AUGUUUUUCCGCCAACUUUUCCUGGACGACGACUUCAUGAAGGACCUCCUUGUUCAAAUGGAGAACUUAACCGCCAGAGAGCAUAGACUUGUUUCUGCUCAGUCGCUCAAGGCUGGCCAAGACGCUGCCAAAGCCUCGAAAGAGAGUGUAGUCAAACUUGACACUCUCAUUGAGAGCAGUGUGGCGCAGAAACAAGACAAGUUGGAUCAGCACUUCAAAAGCAAGGUCCAAGAAGUUUUCUUCGGCAAAAAUGCAAAAGACUUCGACGCAUGGGAUGCCGUGUUACGCAAGAACAAGAGCUUGCUUCUCAACGGGACCGGGGAAUGGUUGAAUGAUGAUGCCCUAUUCACCUCGUGGAUGAUGGGCAGCAACGAAGCGAGUCCGAUUCUCGGGAUUGAGGGUGGGGAAGGCUCUGGGAAAACCCUUCUGGCAACUCACAUCAUCAGCCGACUACAGAAAUAUAGACAGUCGAGGAAUUCGAAGAGCAGAUCGGCAAUUGCGUACUACUUUCUCGAAGAAGAUCCCAAGGAUAACUCCAAGGCCACAUUCAAAAAGAAGCAUGUCGCCGAAAUGGUGUCGAAAAGUGUCCUAUGGCAGUUAGCUCAGAUGGAGCUUCCGUACCUCAAGUCCAUUGCUGGCAUAUGCGACAAGGUGAACACUGAGGAUCCAUCGGACAUCUGGAACAAACUAUUGCUGGAUAACGAAGACCGCCUGGGCAUUGAGAGCACGUUCUUCAUCGUCAUAGACGGGCUUGGCGACAAUAUCGAUGGGCUCGCUGGUCUUUUGCAGAGAAUUUCGGCAGACGCACCUCGUUUACGCACGCGUGUGAUUAUUACGGGCAACCAACAUACGUUUGACGUGCUUGAAGAAGCGGGAGACAUGAGGAUCACCAGAAUGAAACUAGGCUUCCGGAACUCUAUUGACAUUGAGCUAUACAUCAUAGCCAGAAUGGACGCAAUGGAAACUUUGAAUGACGCCAGUAGGGCUGGUGUUGCCGAGACUCGAACGAUGAUUCUGUCGAAGCUCACAUUUGCUACCUCCGGCGACUAUUAUAUUACGAACUCUGCACUAAGCACCAUUGAGGGUGUCGACUCUUUGUCCGAGAUUGAGCAAUGCCUGAACGAAGUUGGCAGCGCCAGACCCAAGCAGAUUCUUGCCGACAUCAAAAAGCUCAACCUGACGCUCAAGUCAGCUGAGAUUGAUGAAGUCAAUGAAAUCAUUACAUGGGUAAAAUGGGCAAGAAGAUGGAUGUCUCCUCUACAAUUGGAAGCUGCCAUACGAUUGAACACGAAUUUGGAGUCAUCCAGUCAGGUCUCGCUUCGAUCUUUGGAGUCUAAGAUUCGUGAAAAGCAUUCUCUACUUUUCAAGAUUGAAGAAAAUCGGGACAUCUCCUUCAGUGCGGAAGAGAUAGGCGAUAUCAUACCUGUGAAGAGGUGUCAGUCAAGUGGCGCAGACUACGGCAGCGAAGAGCAGAUUUCGCCGGCGGAGAUCAAAAUCGUCAAGCAUUACCUAUCAACGGUUUGCCCAUCAGAUGUCUACGACAAAUUUGGGUUUGAAGAGUUUUUUGCUCAGAAACUAGAACGCAAGACCAAGUACAUCAGCCAGGACCCCGAUAACGCUCAUCUUAUCCUCGCGAUGAGGUGUCUGCACGGCAUACUGGGUGGACAGACUAACCUGACACCUGGAGCAGUCAAGUUCCGAACCUAUGCAAGAGAUUGGCUGUUCGAUCACUUAGAAGAGACUGACCUCUCUCGAGCUGACCGCGAUCUCAAAGCGGAAGCCGGAAUGCUUUUGGCCCGCCUGUUCAAGGAGGAAUCUGCUAUCAAAACUCUGCUUGCAAGAGACUAUGGCCCUGAUAUGGAUGCGCUGUGCGUGAUAAGCGAUGUUUUAAUGCCCGGGAACUGGAGAACUUGGAUUUUCUCAAACAGGGGCGCAAAUCUCAUGAGCAAGUGGUCUGACGACUCAAUGGUUAUGUCAAAGCUUCGUGACCGAGAGGAUGCACCGAACACGCUGGAGAGUUUCAAUGGCAUUGGUGGGACGAGCUGGUACGAAUUGGCAGCAAGAGUGAUCGUCAAAGAGUUACUGGAGGUGACUCAUUAUCAAAACUCUAUGGCAGAUGUGUUUAGUUUGCUUUUCGGACUUGUUAAACGGUUGGAACAACACGAAAAGAACCCCACGGCUGUCACUCAGUCCGAAAUCGACGACGACGAAGUUUUCCGGCCUACUAUGACCGAAUUCGACACUGUCGAGACAUGGGCGAAGAAAGAACUUGGCGUUGUCGAGAAUGAUGCACACUGGGAGGCGCAAAUGGCGAGGUUGCUAUACUACAUCGACAUGGCGAAAUAUGAGUGCGAGAAGAGAGCCCGGAGAGCAGUCGAACUUAAUCCUGAUGAUUGGUUCGCUGCUUAUAAUCUGACCCGCUCGUUCGACGAAGAUCGUGACGCCGAGGCGAUCUCGGUUCUCGAAAGCAUCGUUGAGAAAGUGUCUAAUCGUCCUCCCGGCACACUCAACCAGCACGAUCGGGAGUCAUUUGCGGGUGUUCUUGAGACCUUGGGCGAUCGUUAUUGGAAUAUGCCCGAAAAUGCCGGUACAAAAAAGGCAUUCCACAGUUACCUGCAGGCCUUGGACCAAAUUCAGGACCCUGCAGCCGGGAGCUACCGCCAAUUCAUUGCGAACAAGCUUGGACAACGCAGGGAAUGGAACCUCAUUAUCGAGUUCUGCGAGAAACUUCACUCAUUCACAUUCGGUGGCAUGAAUCUGGGCAGCAAAAUCCUCGGCGACGGAUCUGCCUACAAUGCUCGGGAGUUCUGGUACGCGAUGUGGAACGCAUGCUAUCGUACCGAUCGUUGGGAUUUGCUCGCGGAGAUGUGGAGAGGGACCAACAAAAAGUUCAGUGACCAAGAAAGAGACCUGUACUGGAAUAACUACACAAACAUGUGGUAUGCCAUCAGUUUGUUUCGCCGGCCUGGCCACGAGGAUGAAGGUGUGAUGAUGUUAGAGGGCAUUUUCAAGGAGAACUGUCUUACCGAGCGAGUGCCAUUCAUGCAAUUUGACAUUGCUUCUACACUUCUAGUCGCCUACAACAACAGAGCUUUCGCCGAAAAUACCACCGCCGAUACGAGGAACGUCUACGCCAACAAGACGGAGGGUUUGCUGAAAGGCCUUUAUGAAGGUAUCGCAACACCCGAUCUCUGCCUGUUCCAGCUAGCCCGAUUCUUCCACCUAAAUGGAGAGCAAGACCGUGCCAGAGACCAUGUUGCCAUUUUCACAGCCCAAAGACUCGAGAUGCUGUCCGAUGAAGAUGUCAGUAAUGAUUACGAUUCGUUCCGCGAUCUGGCUCUCUUGUUCAUCGCGUUCAUGGAUGAGGCUAGCGUAGUCGCAUGCUGGGAGAUGAUGGCUGUGUCAAGAUUUGCUGAACAAGCAGAGUAUGAGCGCAAGAUGGAAGAACGGCGCAAGCAAGAGGAGCGACAGAUCCGUAUAGAGGAUGCAGCCGCUGCAAAGAGAAUCGCCAUCGAAGUGCCGAAGACCCAUCAGAUGAGCAAGGGUCCGAAGAAAGAGAGCCCGAAGGACAGCACAGAAGAAACGGCAGUGGAAGGAGAAGAGAAAGAGCCCGGAGAAGCGACAAAAAAGGAGCUGUCAGACGAAAUGAAGGAGUCCGAAAUCAAGCCCUGGCUCGAUGUGCCGGAGAUGCUUGAUACCUCGAUUUUCCUCUGCUCUGAGCAGUGCGGGUUCAAUACCAAUAUUCCCACCGGGAUCUGGCUCUGUACAACUUGCAUCGUUGGCCCUAGCCUCUGCAGCUCAUGCUAUGCGGAUAUUGAGACCAAUGGGGUCAGGGACAUAACAUGCGGGAAGGACCACAAGUUUUUCCAACUGCCUCCGUGCAGUCGAGCCUCGAUCGAAGAGAUUCCUAUUGGUCAUAUUAGGGUUGGCGGAGAGUUUGUUACAUUGGAGGCGUGGAAAGCAACGGUGGAUGCCAGAUACGGGCCCUAUGUAGAAAAGAUAGCCGAGGCUGACGAGAAGAAUAAUUAG